AUGUCUUGCACCAGUGCCGAUUUUUUCAACGAUUGUGAGAGUAUAGAAGACUUAUUUGCCUCGGACUCGAAUGGUAGUUUGCUUUUACCGUCCAGCUUCAUGGACUUGUCGUCCGAUGAAGACUUGGCGGUUAAUUUAUCGUUCGAAUCCUUUGCGUGGGAUAAAAAUCCGGUCGAUUUGUUUAACGAUUUUACUGAAGCUACUAACGACGAAUGUAAAACGAAUAGCACCAACACAGCCACACGCGACGAAAAUUGUAAGAGUCUACAAAACACCGACCGCUUCACACCGCGUCGCGACACUACUAACACCUUGAACGGGACGGCAGUAGACCGUGGCGCUCAAGCGGACGAAAAUUGGAAUACAGACACACAGUACAGCUCGCAACAUUUGCACGUCACCAGUGAGAAAGAUUCCGGGUACGAGGAAACGAAACCAACACAAGAUCAGGAUGCUCUGUCGCACACGGAAGAAGUGGACAUUACUGGCCAACAUCGGGAGAUUCAGGCUCGAAUUGUGGAACUGCUGCAUCAAAUCGAGCGCAGUGUUAAUGAGGGCAUCCCGCUAACUAUUCGACGGAAACCACGAUGGGAAACAUGCUCGAUCGAGAACGGAAUCCUGCAGACAACCGAUCCCACAAACGAAGGCAGAACGAUUAGGCCGGCCAAUACUCGCCGGCUACAGUUGAUCGUAAAACUGUUGGCAACCAUCUAUCAGCUGCUUGCCACCGGCACAAGCUGUACAAAGCGUGAGCUUUACUAUCUGCAUCUGGACCUGGCACAAACGCCCGCUUAUACGUAUGCCGCACUGGACGACAUCUGUGCCCUGCUCGAUGCCGAUACGUGGGAGAUGAAUGUUUUCAACACCUCGAAGGGAUUGAUUGCUGGACCGCUGGUGCUGACGCUUAGCGACGGUCAAACGAUCGACUGUGGCAUUAAUCGGUGGGGUACGGCGGUACCGUUGGAUGUGGGCAGUGUGGUAGAGAUUCAACUGGCCGCCAAGCUGGUGCUGGUCGUUGAGAAAGACACUGUCUUUAAGCGGUUGCUUGAAGAUGGAAUUUUGGACAAAUUUCCUUACACGGUGCUGCUUAUAACGGCAAAAGGAUAUCCGGACGUUUCGACAAGAUUACUUUUGAAAAAAAUUGCCGAUUGGUCAAAAGCCCCCAUUUACGCCCUAAUGGAUGCGGAUCCACACGGGAUAGAGAUAUUUUGCGUCUACAAAUUUGGAUCGUUGGCUAUGGUACACCAGCAACGAUCGUUGGCCGUACCGUCCAUGCGCUGGAUUGGAUUGUUUCCAUCCGAUAUUGAGCUACUAGGACUGCAGGGUGUUCCAUUGCGCGAACGUGAACUACACCGAAUAGAGCAGAUGAUUAAGCGCCCCUACACCGAGGGACACAUUCAGCGGGAACUGCUGUUACUCCGUCAGCUCGCCACCAAGGCGGAAAUUGAAAGUCUUUACAAUAUUGCAUCCGACUUUAUUACAACGGUGUAUUUGAAGGGCAAAUUCAAAGAAUGUUUGAAGAGUAAACCGAUGCCACUGUAG